AGAGGUUCAACUUGGCCUCAGUUGGCAAAACAAACACCAUAAUAAGCUCAGGGUUGGGUACAUUUCCCAGCAUGCAAAGCAAUGGUGUCAGUCGUUGUUCCGGAAAACUAGUUUGCGUAAUCAUCGAAUACUUUUCAUUUACCUCAUCUUUCAUCUACUUGGAAGACUGCGAAGUUCAUCAAGCUUCAAAGUGAGGCUACUGCCUUCUUAAAUUUGGAAAGCUUGUAGAAAUGGCUCGAGACGACUUUUACAACGUUGGUCUGUUCCAGGCAUGGGACUAUGUAGUCGUAGCGGCAAUUCUUAUCAUUUCAUCUGGUAUAGGGGUCUUUUACGCAUUUACAGGAGGCCGUCAAAAGACCACCCGUGAAUUUCUGCUCGCGGAUCGCAACAUGAAUCCCAUCCCCGUUGCGAUGUCGCUGGUGGCUACGUUCAUCUCUGCGAUCACCGUACUCGGGACGCCAGCUGAAGUGUAUUUGAAUGGAGCUAUGUUUUGGCUGUUUGCGUUUUCCUUUCUCUCCACAGGACUCUUGACAUCUCUCUUCAUACCAACAUUCCAUCGUUUGGGUGUCACUAGUGCAAAUGAGUACUUGGAGAAAAGAUUCAACCGGGCAACACGAUUACUUGGAACCUUAAUCUACAUUGUGGAAAUGGCUUUAUACCUCGGUAUAGUCGUUUAUGCCCCUUCACUCGCGUUAAAUCAAGUUACUGGCCUUGAUCUUUGGGGGUCUGUUUUUGCGGUUGGCAUUGUCUGCACGUUCUACACAGCAAUAGGUGGAAUGAAAGCUGUACUAUGGACCGAUGUAUUACAAGUGACCGUCAUGAUGGCUGGGCUAAUUGCAAUCAUCAUCGGGGGUUCCAUGAACAUAGAUGGAUUCGAUGAAGUUUGGCGGAUCGCCGGAGAUAGCGGGCGACUUGACGUUUGGAACUUCGAUCCUGACCCAACAGUUCGUCAUACCUUCUGGACAAUACUUGGUGGUGGAACGUUCGUCUGGGGUACUCUGUUUGCUGCCAACCAAGCCCAGAUCCAGCGAUACCUCUCGUGUGGCUCUGUUAAUACUGCUUUGACGGCCUUAUUUAUUGCAAUCGUUGGUAUGAUCCUUGUGAUGACAACCGUUUGUAUUACUGGUCUGGUUAUGUACGCAAACUUCGCUGAAUGCGACCCACUGACCGCUGGAUAUGUCUCAAGGUCUGACCAGCUCAUACCAUAUUUUGUGUUGUACCUGUUUGGCAAAAUGCCCGGGUUACCUGGACUAUUCACCUCAGCUGUAUUCAGUGCUUCUCUCAGUUCUAUGUCUUCGGCGGUGAACGCCCUGGCUGCUGUGGUAGGAGAGGACAUCGUGAAAUCAAUAUGGCCCAACAUGAAAGAAAGAACUUACACAUGGAUAACAAAAGGACUUGUUAUUUUCUUUGGACUUGUAUGCAUGGCGAUGGCCUUUGUGUCUUCUAGACUUGGCUCAGUGCUUGGUGCUGUUUUUAAUGUGUUGGGGAUGCUCGGUGGUCCGCUGCUAGGUCUGUAUUCCUCUGGAAUGCUCUUUCCAUGGGUCAACUCAAAGGGGGCGUUCAUCGGCACUCUGCUGGGCUUGGUGUGGUCUUUCUGGAUAGGGAUUGGUUCAUUUCUCUACCCACCAUAUUACGACAGGCCGCCGCUGAGCAUAGAUGGUUGUAGCAACGUCACUAUGGAAACCAUGACAACCAUCUCAAACACCCUCAUGACGUCAUCAGCAAUGGAGCCACUGGCUGAAAGACCAGCUAUAGCCAGUCUGUAUACUCUCUCCUACGCCUGGCAUACUGGUGCUUCAACGCUCAUGACAAUCUUUUGGUCACUCGUCUUUAGCUUUAUUGCAGGAGCAAACGACCCUCGAACCCUAAAUCCCAUGCUUAUUAGCCCCGUCGCCGAUCGAUUAUACUGCUGCCUGCCAGAAUCUGUAAAGCGCCCUCUACGAUGCCGUGUUGGAGAACUGUACGAGGAAGGCCAAUGUGAUCAUGAGGAAAAGGUUGCUGGUGAGGAAAUGAAGGUGGCUUAUAAAAAACCAAGCUACGAAGAAUAAUUUCCACCAUCUUGUAUCGCCGAUUCACUGAUUCUACCAAGAAAGAUUGACGUGUUACUAUUUCAAACAUCAAGAAAGCAGCUGAAAGUUCACCAAAUAUUUCAUUAGAAUAACUGGAUUCAAUAUGAUGGAAGAUUACCGGCAUGACAGAAAAGCGUAGUUGUAGUACUACUCAUGAGAUGGGAAAACGGCAUUCACUCGUGUUUACUUAAUUAGAAAAUGGUAAAGCUACAGUAAUAAUACUACACGAUUUCAUGCAGUUUCUGGUGUCAAUAUUUGUCUAAAAACACAUUUCUGAUGGAAACUCAAAUUUAAGCCUCAAGAACAGCAAUGUCUGAACUAAAAUUUAUAAUGCCCAAUUUAAAAAAGUACAGGUAUAGUAAUUAAGCAACGAUUUCUGCUUUUAUUUGUUACUCAGGUUAUUUUUGUGUUAACAUAGGCGGUGGUUGUUUAGGUCAUUGUUUAACGUUUAAAAUAAAACUGUUUAAAUGCUCAAUAGGAAUAAGCAUUUAUUCUUUCCUUGCAUUUUUUGUUCUUUUCACUUAGACAUGUUAAAAGAUUAUAGCGUUAUUGUUAACAGAGAUAUUAACCAUGUUAACAAGAGUGUUUCAAAUCGUCGGGUUUGCGUAUAGGAAGCGCUGUCCUAUACACUCAUGAAUAAAAUCAGUUUGACAAUUUGGAAAAUAUAUCUUUUUUUUUAAUUGAAUCAACUGAUGUGGUACUUAUAAAAUGAUAAAAAAUGAAGGAUAUGUAAUAUGUAAUCAAAUUAUAUUGCCAAGAAAUUAGAGUCCAGACAAGACAGGCUUAUAAAUAAUGACAUCUUUUAUAUUUUUCUGUUCAUUCUGAUAAAAUCCUCUGCCAAUUUUUACCUCUGUCGUUUUUACCUCUGCCAUCUUUACACCGAACCGUAAAAAAUGUAUUCAAAUUGUAUGUUUCUAAUCAUAACCAAGCAACCUCAACGCUACAGCCCUUCGAAUUGUUUAAUGUUUAAUUACUUUGAAAAAGAUGUAGACGUACGCUGUAAGAAAAUAUAUCCCGUAAAUAAAAGAAGUUCCUGCAGCAGAGUCUCGAGAACACCUGUAAUCUUA